AUGGGAAUAAAAGAGAUGGCGCGUCCAAGAUGGCUGCAAAGCUUCACACAGCACGGGGCCAAGCCGCCCUACCUGCUCAAGUAUCGCAGCUCAGAAGCUUUCAUCGUCGCAACUAUUGCGCUGGCCAUUUUUACGGACAUGUUCCUAUACGCUCUCAUUGUUCCGGUCGUUCCUUUUGCAAUCGAAACAAGGUCCCACGUCAACGGCUCCAGAGUUCAGUACUGGGUGUCGGUCCUGAUCGCCAUUUACGCUGCAGCACUGCUCUUCUUCUCGCCUGUAUGCGGCUGGCUAGCGGAUAGGAGUUUGUCGCGGCGCUCACCUCUAGUCGUGGGCCUAAUUGCACUGCUGGGCGCGACUAUUCUGCUGGACAUAGGGAGUAGCAUUGGGAUAAUGAUUGCAGGGAGGAUCCUGCAAGGAACGAGCGCGGCGGUUGUGUGGGUCGUAGGAUUAGCGCUGUUGGCCGAUACGGUGCCGCAGGAGCGGCUUGCACAGGCGAUGGGAUACGUCGGCGCUGGUAUGAGUAUCGGUAUACUGAUCGGUCCGCUACUGGGUGGAGUAGUGUUUGACCGCGCGGGCUACGGAGCUGUCUUUGGGAUGGCGUACGCUUUGAUUGGGCUUGAUAUCCUUCUCCGCUUGCUGCUCAUCGAGAAGAAGGUCGCGGCCAGGUGGGACCCGGAAGCAGGUGGUAGAAAGAGAAGUCACAAUGUGGAGAGUGAAGAGCAAAAAAGCAACGACGCAGUACCGGGCUCGUCGAACGGGCUUGAGAAAGAGGCCGCGGUCAAUAUGCCAACGGUCCCUGAGCAAAGCACCUUAGGCUGGCCAGCGCAGGGGCCGCGUGAAAACGGCCGCACACCGACGAAACGUCGAAUACGUGACCGGCUACCGCCCCUCCUGUCUCUCCUGUACUCCCGUCGGCUUCUUGCAGCACUGUUCGGCGCUAUGAUGCAAGCCGCCAUCAUGACAGCCUUCGACUCGGUACUUACUAUCCACGUUGCGAACACUUUCCAUUGGACCUCCACCGGCGCAGCUCUCCUCUUCCUUCCCAUUGUCAUACCUUCCUUUCUGGGUCCGAUAUUCGGAUACCUCAGCGACCGCUACGGGGGGCGCUACCUUGCCACGAUUGGGUUUCUCUGCGCAUGCCCACCGCUGGUCUGCCUUCGCUACGUCGAUUCCAAUACGAUACGCGAUAAAGUGCUCAUAUGUGCACUACUAUUCCUUGUGGGACUGAGUCUGACGAUGACCUUCCCGCCGUUCAUGGCGGAAAUCUCCGCUGUGGUGGAAGCGAAGGAGAAGAAGAUGAUUGCGGACGGUAUGCGAGGAUACGGACCUGGGGGUGCCUACGCACAGGCCUAUGCGCUGUUCAACAUGGCAUUUGCUGCAGGAUGUACGAUGGGGCCAUUACUUGCUGGGUUCCUUGUUGAACAGCAAGGGUGGUCUACCAUGGCUUGGAUACUUGGCUUGCUGUCGGCGGUUGCGGCCGUGCCGACCUUUUUCUGGAUGGGCGGGUUUUUGUUUGCCAAAGCCCCUAGAUGA